UGUCAAGGCAAGCCGCAAGGGUUUGUUUAUUUUGGUUCUAGGAAAGUUCUAGGUUAUGUCAUGUUCGUUUUCUGACAGUUUUUCGGUUCAAUUAUUUGCCCUAAACAGAAAAUAUUGAAUAUUUAAAGAUGUCUCAUAGCCUCCACGGCACAUUCGUGUCUGAAAAAAUCAACAAAAUUCGCUGGAGGCCAGACGAAUUCAACAAUUCACAUUUCUUCAUAACCGGUAGUGUAGAUAACGACCAAAACAAUGUGAAACUCUGGGAUUUCUAUGAGAACGAGGAAGAGGAUGACAUAUAUCCAUUCUUAGUAUCCACCUUCCCUUAUUGUGGAGAUGUAACAGAAGCUAAGUUUCUAAAUGCAGACUACUUUGUAACGUCUUCAUCCAGUGGAUCUGCACAUCUGAUACAAAUAGUUCCUGCUUACACAGAGAGCAUCUCCUUGAAGAACACCAUAACUUGGGAAAAAGGACAUCAUUUCAAAAAUGGAGACCCCAGCUCUUGUACAGGAUUAGCUGUAUAUGAUAAUGAUAUCAUCACCAUUGGUGAAGAUGGUUGUAUAAAUUUGUUGAAUGCGAAAGCACCCAAAGUUCUUAGGAGGAUAGAUGAUGCUGAUAGUUGUUCCAUUCACUGUGUGAUUUUCCUGAAGCACAAUGAGAUAUUGACCAGUAAUCUAAGAGGGCAGAUGAAAAUCUGGGAUUUGAGGUCUCAGAAUAAUGUAGCCAGUAGCACCUUUAUGAUAAGUGGGGACCAAGUGACUCCAACUUGUCUCACUUACCAUCCCACGCAGAGGCAUUUAGUUGUAACUGGUGAUGAUUUAGGCGCCCUAACCACCUGGGAUCUGCGCAACAGCACCUACCCCGUGAACGUGCUCGAUGCUCACGACGGCGGCGUCGCCGAGGUGCUCUUCGACGCCGAUCGGCCCGACCGGCUGUUCAGCUGCAGCGGCGCCGGUCAGCUGUGGCGCUGGGGGACGAGGGGGGCGGGGGGUAAUGCCACCCCCGACGUCUGGCUGGCGCCCGACAACGUCAAGGGCAAGCUGGACGUGUUCGCGCUGAUGCCAACUCUGCACCAGCCCAUCAACUCUUUGGAUUUGAACAGGAACAGGGUAAUUUGCGGGUGCGAUAACGAAGCUAUUUAUUUAAUCAAUGGGGUUGAUAUGUAAUAAGCGUACCAUUUUUCUUUUUUAAUAAACAUUUUUUUAUAUAUUCA